UGCGUCGCUCCGCGUCGAAUACCGCAUCGCGAGUGUAUACGACAUUCAGUGAGUGUUGUGUUUGUGAAUUGACGUGCUUCACGUGCGAAAAUAUUGAUAGAUAUGAUAAAUACGAUCGAUUUGUAAGAUAAAACGUGACAGCGUUAUGUAGAGCGAAUUGUGUAUGUGCAUGUGAUACUGGAAGCUCUUAUUUUAUAUUUGUAACUACGGACAUGCGCCGCUGGUGGCGGACGCGCGCGCCGGCGUGCAUGUGAUCCCUCGGCAUGAUGGCGCGGCAGGUGUGCCUCUUCCUCGUGCUGUGCCUCGUGCGCUGCGACACCAAGACCGUGUUGCAGGAUAAGCUCGCUGGCGUUCGGACCGUAGAUGUCCAGGCGGUGGAGGGCAUGGUCGCUCAGUUCCCUUGCGACCUCGGCACCGCGGCCAACGACAAGGUCUACAUGGUCUUCUGGUUCAGGGAUGAUGCUGGGAUACCAUUGUACAGUUUCGACGUCCGAGGCAAGCACCUCUCCGAAGCGCGGCACUGGUCAGCGCCAGAAGUCUUCGGGCCACGAGCUCACUUCUCCACCUCCCCGUCCCCCGCGUCCCUCCUCGUUAGGGACGUGAAGCGCCGCGACGAGGGCGUGUAUAGAUGCCGGAUAGACUUCCGAAACACGCAGACUACCAGCUUCAGAUAUAACCUCACUGUUGUUGUACCACCAGAAAAGCCAGUGGUGGUGGACCGGUGGGGACGCGUGAUCAACACCACCACGCUUGGCCCUCAUGAGGAGGGUGAUGAUGUACUGCUUACAUGCCGCGUGCUUGGAGGCCGGCCAGAGCCUUCAGUGCGGUGGCUCGUCAACGGUGUGCUCGUGGACGAAGAGUACGAGCACAACACCGGUGACGUCAUAGAGAACAGGCUGAUGUGGCCAGCGAUACGGCGCGCUGACUACGCAGCGGUGUUCACAUGCCAGGCUGCGAACUCGCACCUGGUCCCGCCGAAGGAAGUUUCUUUGGUUUUGGAUAUGUUUUUAAGGCCGUUAACAGUAGAGAUUAAGAAGCCAGCGGAGAUGGGGGAAGGGGGAGUGCUCACGGCAGAGCGGAGGUACGAGGUCGCCUGUGAAUCCGCUGGUAGCCGCCCUCCAGCCAUCAUCACGUGGUAUAAGGGAAAGCGGCAGUUGAAGAGAAUAACGGAGGAGUUGAGAGACAACCUGACAAUAAGUGUAAUGAGCUUUGUUCCCACUUUGGAUGACGACAGCAAGCCGAUAACGUGUCGUGCCGAGAAUCCUAACGUCACGACACUUUUUAUGGAGACAUCGUGGACUAUAAAUGUCGUGUAUCCACCUGUAGUUAAAUUAAGAUUAGGAAGUUCUCUAGCAGCUGGAGACAUCAAGGAAGGGGAUGAUGUCUACUUCGAGUGUCACGUGCGAGCAAACCCACCGGCCAGGAAGCUGUCGUGGCUUCAUGAUGACCGACCGCUCGCGCACAACGCGACAGCUCGCGUGUUUCACAGCAACCAGAGCCUGGUGCUGCAGAAGGUGACGAGGCAAAGCAGCGGCAGGUACGCGUGCUCCGCUCUCAAUGGGGAGGGCGAGACCGUGUCCAACGAACUGCAUUUUAGGGUUAAAUAUGCCCCCUCCUGUCGCAGUGGUAGUACCACGGGGGUAUCCGUGGUGGGUGCAGCGCGGGGGGAGUCCGUGGUGAUCGUGUGCGAGGUGGACGCAGACCCACCAGCCGCGGUCUUCAAGUGGAAGUUCAACAACUCCGGAGAGACCCUCGACGUACCUGCUGAUCGGUAUACGUCGAAUGGCAGUGCGUCUAGUUUGAAAUACACGCCGGUAGCAGAUUUGGACUACGGCACAUUAUCGUGUUCAGCGUCUAAUGAAGUAGGCAGUCAGAUCACGCCGUGCGUCUUCCAAAUGGUGGCAGCUGGUAAGCCACACGCGCUCCGCAACUGCUCAUUAUGGAAUCAGACCUCCGACUCAGUGGAGGUGUCCUGCGUCGCUGGCUUCGACGGUGGCCUGCCGCAGCAUUUCCUAUUGGAAGUCUAUUCUGGGGAUGAUAGGAAACCUCGGAUAAACCUAACAUCAGAAGAGCCCAUAUGGACAGUCCGGGGCCUGGAGUGGGAUGUACGGUUCCGACUGACAGCUGUAGCCGUGAACAGUAAGGGGAGGUCUCCCCCCACGCCCUUAGAAGAUAUCCUCUUUAGGGAUCCUGAGAAACGGACAGCAUCAGAAACAUCUCUCGGCGCGGGUGCCGCGGGCGCUGCCGGUGCGACCGUCAUCGGCGCGGGGGCAGCGCUCGCACUCGCGGUGGCCGCGUGGCGGGCAGCGCGCCGGCGGCGGGCGCCGAGGAAGGCCCCGCCGUCUGCGCAACUUGAUAAGCCAGUUGAGCAUGAUGACGCGGAGCCUGAUCUUAUACCUAAUAAUUAUUGUGAAACAUCGAGCGCGCCGUGUUUGGCUGUAUCGUCUCCAAGCAGAUCUGGACCAGUGCCGAUUUCCACACCGGCCUGUAACGGCCCCGGAGCAUCGUGGACGUGGGGCGCGCGAGCCACGACUCCCGGCGUCACGCUCGGAAGAAGCGCCUCCGCGUCCCUCCGCGUCACACCCGCGACCGACCUCAACGUGGACGCCAUUAAGGAGAAGCUGCUAGAUAACCGUAUACCGGAGUCUUGUGUGUAGAACUGCGAAUAUACAGCAUGAUUUACGCUACAUCGUGUCGACAAAUGAAACAAUAUUCAUGUACAUUUCAACCUCCACGUUCAGGCAUGAAUCACUUCGUACAAAAAGUGUACAAUAAUUUAGAAAUUAAAAAUUUUAUCGGAUUUUAAACGCGAUUUAUUCAGUAUACUAUUAUCCCGACGUUUCGCACUUUGCGUGGUCACGGGGAUACUAAGAA